AUGGAGAGCCUCCAGCUCUCGCAGGUGCUCGCCGACUUGAGCAAUCUCGGGGCUGCGGAACCCGAGGCCGCCGCCGCCAUUGUCUCCGCCAACGUUCCUGUUAUCAAAGUCGAACCUCGGCCCUCAGCCACUUCCACCUCCACUUCCAUCCCUCAGUCUCCGACGCAACGCCCGUCCAGCAUGAAGAGAUCGUGGUCCUCCGAACCGACAGUCCCGCCCAAGUUUGACAAGCUCGGGAGACGGAUUCUCAUCAGUUCCUCGGGGUCGAGGCCCGGAUCCGCAGCCAACUCCAUUCCCGGAACGCCUCGCCCGAGCGACUCGAAUGUCGAUGAUGACUUGGAACGGGCGUCAACGCUCAUGGCCUUGUAUGACAUUCGGGCCAAAAUUAAACAACAAGACAAUAGCAGUCUGCUCAGAGCCCGAGAGAAAAUCAAUGCCCUGGCUGCAAAGCAACAGGCUGCGGAUCGGAACAUGAAAGCCUCUGAUGAGCUCAGACGCCAUCGAUACUCCUUCCCCAAACCCGGUCUCUGA